GAUGGUUCUGGUCCAGUUCUGGUCCGGUUCUGGUCCCGUGGAUUCAUGUUAUUCUGCUGUGAUUUUAACGAUCCAAAAAGGAGCUCUUUGAUUCCAGACUGACCCAGUGUGGGUUACUGGUUCUGGUUCUGGCUCAUCAGCCCAGGGAGGUUCGGUUUCAGGUUGGAUGUUUUCUGCUCUCACCUGGCGGACUUUCACCUGUUCAGGUUUAGGAUUACUGAUUUGUAUUCCUGGAGGUUCUGGGUUCCGGCUCUGGUUUGUGUUUCAGGUUAGAGGCUGUUGAUUCUGUUCCAGGUUCUUUUGGAUCAGAACCUAAAACAGAACCAUAACUGUUGUAUCUGCGAGGUCCAAAUCAGCUGCUAAGCUUUAUAUUCACCAGUUUACAGAAAAAAACUAAUUAUAUUAUUUGAACAAUUUAUGGCACUUUAUUUGAUGUAAUUUACGUAGAUAUUAAUUGGUCCUGGGUGACAGGUGGAGUGCCACUUGGACAGCUCACCUGUUUGGUACUAAUGAACCAAACAGUCAUAGUUUGACUGGGAGGAAGCAGGAGUACCCAAAGAGAACCCAUUCGUAAUAACUCCAUGCAGAAAGGCCCCAGGCUAGGAUUCCAACCCAGGACCUCUAUGCUACCCCGAGGCACCCUCGAGGAACCUCAAGGGUUCCUCGAAUUCAUGUACUUCAACCCCCAAGUGCACCAGGGACCCUCAUGUACACCUGAGAAAUCCCCCCGAAGCCCCUGGGGAACCCCUUGGUUCCCCAAGGUUCAUCGGCCACCUGAUGAACGAACCCUGCAGGAAUCCCCUAGAAAUCCACGGUGAACCUCUAAGGAACCCUGUAGUCUUUCCUGUUCCUGGAUUUCCAGGAGAUUUACCUGAAGAUCUGAGCGUCCUGUGAUUCGGGUCUCUGGAAUUGGGCUCAGGGUAUUUCCUGGGUCCAGCUCAGGUGUGCCAGUUCACCUACAGACAGAGGAUAAUUUCACCUGCUCCUCUGAGAUGAUGAAUGGCUGAAGAGGAAAGUGUGACAUCUGACCCCAGGUGAGUCUAUCUCUGUCAGAUUCACCUGAGCUCACUGAUCAGAUCGCUGUCUGACAGGUGAGAUGGAAAACAUUCAGUGAGAGCCAAUCAGGAGGCAGCUCCUGGAAGCUUCCUGUUUCAGGUUUCAAGUCAGAAUUUUUCUGCUGGUUUGGGUCAGAACCAGAACACCCGACCAGUCUUCAGACCUCAGAGUAUAAAGCUGAACCCGUCCUGCUCUGCCCAUGUUUCCAUGGCAACAAUGCAGACACAGUCCAGAGGUCACCUGCUCAGACUGCCUCACCUCCAGGUGAAACAGGUCACAUGAUCAUCCGCCUGACACCAGAACACCUGAUAGGCUGGAGCCGGGGUCUGUGAUGUCGUCUGAUAGGCUGUAACCAGGCAACCGGAGGGAGAGGAGGGGAGAAGAGGCUAAAGAGAGGAGGAGGAGGAAGAGGAGUGGGACAGACUGCCGAGCAGCUGAGGAGGAGAUGGAGCAAAGCGUCAUCCACCUGAGCCACUGCCAGAAGGAGAUCUUCUGCUUCGUGGUGCCUGAGGUGUGUCCGAGCUGCGGGGAGGAGCUGAAGGGCCGCAGACUGCAGGAGGCGCCGGUGAGUCUGCCGUCCCCCUUCACCGACGGACACAAGACCUCCUGCUGCCUGCUGGUCGCUCCUGCACACAACAACCAGGACAGAGACUUUACUGGGACAUCAGACCUGCACACUGGCAUCUCCAACACUAAAGGUGUUGUUUAUAACUACACUCAGGAUGGCGUGCGACGAGAUCAGAGUGGGUGGAGCCGCUGUAUCAGCGUCCCCCUGGUCCGACCCGACAUGUUCCACCUGCUGGCUCAGUGGGACCAGUACCUGGAGACGUUCUCUGAGGGACCCGCCUGGGACCCAGUGUGGCAGAAGUUCCAUGAGGAAGACCACAACUGCUUCAGCUUCUGCCUCCAGUUCCUGAACGGCAUCCUGGCCAUGGAGGGUCGCGGCGCUCUGAGCCGGGACGACUUCACCCGCUGCUUCAUCCUGCCGAGGAUGAGGAGGGUGUCAAAGUACACCACGCUGAUCCGACACCUGCAGGAACACCAGUACUACCUGACAGACAGACAGGAGACACUGGGAGACAGACAGGAAGAGUCGGUCACCACCAGUUAAACCAGUCUAACCACAAUUAAAUCAAUCAUACUACCAGUUAAACCAAUCAAUCCACCAGUUAAAACAACCAUACUACCAGUUAAACCAGUCCCAGUAUUGUUGAAGCUUAACAGUUGAAACAGCAGUCUAACCACUUGGUCCGUUUUGGUGUGACAUGAAUGUUUAUUUAUUGUUUGUAAAUAAAGGUGAAUAUUUUCAUAAACCAUAA